UCCUCGAUAAUCUGCGCCACUCGAGUCCCUUCGCUUGCAGCCUAACCGUCUGCUAACAAGGGUGACUGUCAAACACAAGCCCACUACACCAUGGAGGAAUACUGACGUACUUUCAUGUAGUGGACUGUGUUAAUUUUGCAGAAUGAGAGCCUACAGUAAAACUUUAGUUUUGUCAACGUUCUUUGUUAUUUUGUUGGUUGCAUACUUUUUUGCAAGACGCGAUGCACUUUUAAAAGAAGAGUGGAAUGGUGGCUCUUUACGGGACGUGGGAAGUGCAGUUACCUUUCAUCCGCCACUUUUGCGUGAUACACAGCAAGAGACACGCCGAAGACAAAAACUAACUAAAAUACUGUCAGGCAGCAAAAAGAUAACUAGGAAACAUCCAAAACAAUUUUCAACGUCAAUGUCCCAUAAAGGGCCAAUGCAUUUGGCUUUAGUGGCCUGUAGAAAUCAUCUAGAAGAAGCCCUGACGAUGAUGAAGUCUGCUCUUCUCUUCAGCAACAGAAAGAUUAUGUUUCAUAUCUUUACAGAAGACUCUAUUAAGCUGAUGUUUGAAACUAGGCUCAAACAGUGGCUUAAUCCACUUUCAAGCAAGUUUCAGUAUAAUAUCCGUGAGAUUACCUUUUCAAUUAAAGAUGCAGAAGAAUGGAAGAAAAUAUUUCAGCCGUGUGCUGCACAACGCCUCUUUCUUCCAAUUCCACUUCUUUAA